AUGGAGGACCAUGGUUUACUGAGUGCAGAGCAGAUUGAUGUUCUCACUAAAGAGUACAUAGGGUUACUCACUCUCAGUGUGAUUGGGAGUUUUUCUGUCUUGCUGGUUUCCAUUGUGAGAUGGAGGAAUCUAAAGAAACAGGUGCACCUCCUGGUACAGCUUGCCCUCGCAGACCUCCUGGCUGCUCUGAUCCUCUUGUCCACCAGUGUCCUGAACAAAGUGAGGCCAAACAACAAUGAAGUCAUCUGCCAUUAUGGCUUGCCGAUGACACUGACGUUUUAUUUUAUAUCAUUUCUGCUGGUGGGGGUUUAUGCAUGGGAGUCAAAGAAUGCAAUACAAGGGUGGAGAGCAAGACCCACAGGGGAUGAGGGAGGACAGACUCAGUGCAGAAGGAGAAUAGUCACGAUUCCUGUUUAUGCCAUUGUAUGGUUGUUCCCGAUUGCAUUAUACUUAGCAUAUGUGCUCACUCCCAAAAAUAGUGCCCCAUUGAUUCAACUCAAUGAGAUCUCAACGAUUGUCCGUAACGACAGCAGAUACUGCACUAGUUGUAUAUUGUUCUUGCAUGUCGGGAGAAAGUUCUGCUCUGAAGACGAGAUAACUCAUGACAUUUCCAUCAGAGUUAUUCUUUUCCUUGUUGUGAUACCAGUGAUGAUAUCUUCCUCUGUUAUAUACUAUAAGGUUGGUAAAUGGUAUGAGAGACAUGAGCAGCAAGGACUUUUCCCUGUGGAGGGAGAUGGACGUUCAAGAAGGAGAUUCAAAAGAGUGUUUUCAACAUCAAGAAAUAUGGUGUUGGUCAUCUUAUUCUGCUGGGCCCCAGCACUUGUUCUCAUUCUGCUGUCUACCCUGAUGAUCUGGACACCAAGCAUUCAACAACGCAGCCUAUUUGGUAUUUAUAUGAUACAGGCUGCCAGUGUGUCCCUGCAAGGCUUCCUGAACAGUAUGGUUUACGCCUGGAGACGGCCCAACUUCACGCAGGCCGUUCUUGGGGAGAAUACACCGCUAGUGACACACGAACACAUGGCCUUCUUCGAUGAAUCAAUGCCGACCUCUCUUUGA